AUGUCGAAGAUCCAGACCAAAGCCUUGGAUGCAAAACAUCCAGACCAGAAGAACCCAAAUAAAGGGAGACGUCGUUCAUACCAUGGACCUAUCUACAAUUCACCAUUGGAUGCCAUGAAAGGCCCCAGAGAAAAGCUGUUGUACGUACAGUGCUCUUUAACCGGAACCGAUGCCCGGCAACCUGACUAUUUGGCCACGGUGGACGUGGAUCCAGAAUCGCCGCGUUAUUGCCAGGUCAUCCACCGCUUGGUCAUGCCUUACCUGAAUGACGAACUUUAUCACUCGGGCUGGAAUGCCUCCAGCAGAUCCUUCGGGGACACUAGCAUCGAGCGCAACCACCUGGUCCUACCAUGUCUAUGCUCCGGACGUAUUUACGUGGUGGACACUGGCUCUGACCUGUGCGCUCCCAGCUUGUGCAAAAUCAUCGAACCCCUUGAAACUAUCAGAAAAACCAACCUGUGUUUCUUAAAUAGCUCGCAUUGCUUGGGCAGUGGGGAGAUUAUGGUCAGCGCUGUUACAGACACAUUUGGCAACGGAAGAGGUGGACUUCUCCUUCUGGACCCGGAAACCUGGGAAGUGAAAGGGACCUGGGACUGCCCGGAAGACGGACCUGUCAAAAUGGCUGACUUCUGGUACCAGCCGCGGCACAACGUCCUGAUCAGCACCGAAGCGGGGGUGCCCAAGUUCUAUAUCAAUGAGGUCAAACUGGCCGAUCUGAGAAAAGGACGCUACGGCCGCAACCUCAAUAUCUGGGACUUGACCACCCACCGCCUCCUCCAGUCGAUCGAUGUGGGUGAAGAUUCGAUGCCACUGGAGAUCCGCUUCUUGCACAACCCAAACUCAGUCCAUGGUUACGUGGCCUGCUUAAUGGAGAGUUCCAUCCACCAUUUCUUUAAGACAGAGGGCGGAUGCUGGAAGGCUGAGAAAGUGAUCCAAAUCCCAAACAAGAAAGUAUCGGGAUGGAUCUUCCCUGAAAUGCCAGGAUUCACUUUCUAUAUUGUCAUCUCUCUGGACGACCGGUUCCUCUACUUAAGCAACUGGGUGCAUGGCGAUGUCCGGCAAUACGAUAUCACCGAUCCGCACUGUCCCAAGUUAGUCGGGCAGGUGUUUGUGGGGGGCAGCCUUCAGAAAGGGGGUCCCGUAACUGUCCUUGAGGAUCCGGAGCUGGACUGUCAACCCGAUCCCUUUGUGAUCCAGGGCAAGAAGGUCCAAGGAGGGCCUGCAAUGAUGCAGCUGAGCUUGGACGGCACCCGUCUUUAUGUUACCAACUCUAUUUUGACUUCGUGGGACAAGCAAUUUUACCCCGAGAUGGUCAGGGAAGGUUCGGUCAUGCUCCAGCUGGACGUGGACACCGAGAAGGGUGGCCUUUUUGUGAACCCGGACUUUCUGCUGGAUUUUGGGCAUGAGCCGGUCGGUCCAGCUCUGGUGCACGGCAUGUCCUACCCCGGUGGGGACUGCACCUCCGAUAUCUGGGAAUAACGUGUCAUAUCAGCGGGGGGAAGCACCCCACAUAUUGGGGUCUAUUCAAUGUUUCUUUGUUCAGUGCUUGCUGUCUUGAUCCCUUGGAAGUCAUGCCAUAAUGGUCAACACAGGACAUACCACGAGUAGCAUAUAUCCCCAUCAUUCUCUGGAUAUCCUUGGUGCUGCUCUCUGCCUGUUUCCUCUGUUCUUCAGCUCUGAGAGGGACUACCUCACAAUGUCCUCAUGACAAUGGUCUGGCAUUGGUGGGUAGACUCUCUUUGUGGCUCUUCCUUUUCUUUCCAUCUUCUCCUCCUUUCUUUCCCUUCUUUUUCUCUUUCUUACCUUCCUAUGAACGGCUUGGCAUGUAAGGGCUUUUAUAACGUGAUCCUGUUAACAAAUAAACUGCUGU